AUGGCUCCUUUAGAGGUACCUGCCUCAGCUACACCGGUUGUACCCACCCCUACCAUAUUUACGGUACCACCAGGGGUACCACUGGCAUACACGGCACCUGCUCCAGCAAAGCCUGCGGCAUACCCGGCACCACCUCCACCUGGACUUACCGUGUACCCGGCACCAGCAGCGCCUGUGCCCCCAAUGCCUACAGUGUAUUCAGCAGCACCUGCACCAGCGGUACCAGUUGCUCCACAUUCGGUACCACCCACCAGACCUCCAGCCGCGGCCACCUAUACUGACCCUGCAGUGCCACCGGGGGCAUAUGCCCCAGUUUAUGCAGCAGCACUGGGAGUACCUCCCUCGGUCUAUCUACCGGUACUACCUGUAGCACCAGCUCCAGUGGUUCCGCCAGUUCCAGCAGCCGUCCCUACCCACUUCAUUGACAUUGUCGCAGCACGAGCUCGGAUCCCGGCUUUGGCGAAGUCGAUGAAAAGUCGAUUCACAGUAUUUCAUGGAGAGACCGAUUUGAGUGUGGCCUAG